ACAAUUUUACAUAAUGCUCUGUAUUUGAUUCUCUAUACUUUGUUCCUUUUUUUCUUCAAAAAAAUAAUGCUCAUUGCACAUUGCUGAGCAAUAGAACAUGCAGCUUCAUCUUUCAUGACAAAGCAAAUGUCUUUUCUCUUUUAAAUUGCACCAAAUUGCACCAAUUUUUUUUAUGAGGUCCCCUUUAACUUUAUAUUACUUUCUCUUCUUCCACUUCCUCUAAUUUAUUAUUUAUCACCAAACAUCUCAUCUCAUCUCAUCUCAUGUCAUGCUUUCACCUUUCAUUUUCAAAUUUUUGUACUUCCAAUGGUCUUAAACCAUCAACAUUUUUAUAUAGCAUAUUGUAAAAUUCCAUUUGGGUAUCUUCCCAAAAACCCACCAAAACCUUGCUUACUCUCAUCCCAAUGACUACAUUAAAUUCCCUAUACAUCAUCAUCUUGCUACUCUCUUCUCUAUGCAUCUCCAUAUUUGGAGAAGUGGAAGCAAAAAGGGUAAAAACACAAUCAUUUCACUCUUCAUCAAAUGGUAAAAGAAAACUACAAAAUCUUAUAAGAAAAUUAGAUGAUGAAACAAUGAACCAACCUUCCACAACUUUGCCUACAACAAACCCAGCAAAUUUCCCACCAUAUACUCCUACACCCACAAUUGUAACAAUACCAGCUUCAAAUCCCACAACCCCAGUAGACCCUUUUCCCACCACACCACCAACAACUACAGUCCCUGCUUCAACCACCCCAACACCCAUCUUUAACCCGGCAAACCCUGCCAAUGUCCCGGUGACGAAUCAACCGACAACCACGCCUACAACAGCAGGACAAACAUGGUGUGUAGCCAACACUGGUGCCUCAGAAACUUCACUACAAGCUGCAUUAGAUUAUGCUUGUGGAAUUGGAGGUGCUGACUGUUCAACAAUACAAGAUGGGGGCAGUUGUUACAAUCCUAAUAGUCUUCAGAAUCAUGCUUCUUAUGCAUUUAACAGUUAUUUUCAGAAGAAUCCUCAGCCUACUAGCUGUGAUUUUGGGGGCAGUGCAGUGCUGGUUAACACUAAUCCUAGUAGUGGUUCUUGUAUUUACCCAUCAUCAGGAUCAGGAACAGGUACAGCUAUGCCUUCAUCAACAAAUCCUCCAAUAACAGAGACACCUUCUUCAAUAAUCCCACCACCAACAACAACAUCCUCAUCUGGGACAACUGGAUCACCAUAUGGAGGUCCAGCAACUACUGGCAUAUAUGGUACGCCACCAUCAUUGUCAAAUCCAAGCAACCCAAAUUCGCUUUUUCCUGCGAGUUACGGACCUGAUAGCCCUCCACUGGGCAACUCUGUUCCUGCAGGUUCAGCUGUUCUGCAACCCCACAUCAGUCUCAUAAUUCUGGUAGCUUCCUUCACUGGAAAACUAAUUCUGGGUACAUAUUUUUGAUUUCAAGUCAGAAGUUUAACGAGAAUCCUAGCUAAAUGGCAAAGAAAGAUAUGCUCUUGUACAGAUCUUUUAGAGCUAUGGGAAUCAGACAAAAUAUAUGAUACUCCUAGUCCUAGGUAUUAAAAGUUUUACAUUAGCUUUGUUAGAAGUACCUUAAAAGUUUGCACAAAAAUCCAAGCCAUAGCAAAAGUAUCUAGCAUCGUUACCUUGGUUAAUGGAUGCAAUAUGUAGGGAAGAGAACUACUAAUUAUGAGAUGUUCUAGAUUAGCAAUAGCUAGAUUCACCGCAGCCGAUUAGAGAUGUAUAAAGGAGAUCCCAUGAUUUGUAGUAGAUUGAUUCAUCACUUAUGAGACUGUACUGGUAGUUUAAAGAGUUUUCUUGUGCUGCUA